AUGAGGUCAGUACCAGAUUCCAGCGUGGCGAAUGACGAGGGCAUCACGGCGCUGCACAACGCGGUGUGCGCUGGUCACUCAGACAUCGUCCACUUCCUGGUUCAGUUUGGGGUCAACGUCAACGCGGCCGAUAGCGACGGAUGGACUCCGCUGCACUGCGCGGCCUCCUGUAAUAACACAGCUCUGUGUAAGCUGCUGGUGGAGUCCGGAGCCGCGGUCUUCGCUUGGACUCGCAGCGACUCUCAGACUGCAGCGGACAAGUGUGAGGACCAGGAGGAGGACUAUCAACAGUGUUCACAGUUCCUCUAUGGGGUGCAGGAGAAGAUGGGGGUGAUGAACCGGGCUCAGGUCUUCGCUCUGUGGGACUUUGAGGCUCAGGAUCCUGACGAGUCAGAUCUGUGCGAGGGCGAGUGUGUGACGGUGCUGAGGCCAGAGACGCUCAGGGACGCCCUCUGGUGGAGAGUGAGGGGAGUGCGAGGAGAGGGCUAUGUACCACGCAGCCUGCUGGGGAUUUACCCGAGGAUCAAACCGCGACAGAGGAGUCUGGCUUGA